UUUAAAAUUUGACAUUUUAGCGUUGUCAAAAAAGUCGUAAAGGUUAACUUGAAUAAAAACAUUUCUUUUAUACCGAAAUAAUGCAAAAAGAAGAAAUUUUUGAAAGCAGUAUAAGUGAUCGGACGGUUUUAUACGCAAUUCUAGCAUUUUUAUGGAUCGAAACGUUAUGGGAACUCUACCUAGCGGCAAGACAGUAUUCCAAGUGUUUAAAAACGGAAGAAGUCCCCGCGGAGCUUGAAUCUGUUAUGACAAAGGAAACGUUUAAUAAGGCGCGUUUGUACUCUUUGGAUAAAAGCAAAUUUAAUUUUAUCCAUGAUAUUUUUUCGUUGUCGGUGACUACAAUGAUGAUUUAUUGCGGGGUUUUGGCAAAGUUAUGGAGUUACUCUGAAAGUAUUAAUCCAUGGGAAGGAGAAGUAUUGAUUAGUUGUAUUUGGAUAUUUUUAUUUACAACUAUUUCUACGAUUAUCGACCUCCCAUUUACAAUCUUUUAUACUUUUGUGUUGGAGGAAAAAUAUGGUUUUAACAAACAAACGCCUAAAUUUUUCGUUGUUGAUAAAAUCAAAUGGUUUAUUUUUCAACAAGCCAUUUCGUUACCCUUAUCAUCCUUAACAAUUGUUAUUAUUAAAUACGGAGGUCCAUUCUUUUUCGUUUGGUUAUGGUUGGUUGUUGGAGUUAUCGCUUUAUUAAUGAUCACCAUUUACCCAGCUUUUAUUGCCCCCUUGUUUGAUAAAUACACUCCACUACCGGAAGGCGAAUUACGCGCUGAUAUUGAAACGUUAGCGUCUGAUUUAAAAUUUCCAUUGACUCAAUUAUAUGUUGUUGAAGGUUCAAAACGAUCCUCGCAUAGUAACGCUUAUUUUUACGGUUUAUUUAAAUCAAAACGCAUCGUUUUAUUUGAUACUUUAUUGCAAAAUGACGAUUCCGGUUGCAAAAACGACGAAAUUCUCGCAGUUUUGAGUCACGAAUUGGGCCAUUGGAGUCACGGGCACAUCAUUAAAAAUUUAGUCAUAAUGCAACUUCAUUUAUUGUUUGUUUUUGUAUUUUUUUCUUUUAUGUUUCAAUUUUCGCCGGUUUAUCAAGCGUUGGGAUUCCCCGCGGGGUGUCAGCCGGUUUUAGUGGGACUUAUGGUUAUUUCCACUUAUGUUAUGACCCCUUAUAAUUCUUUGUUAUCGUUUAUUAUGACGUGUUUAAGUAGACACUUUGAGUUUCAAGCUGAUGAAUUCGCCGCUAAAUUGAAAAAAGCUGAGCCGCUUCAAAGGGCUUUGAUUAAGUUGAAUAAGGAUAAUUUGGGAUUCCCCGUUUAUGAUGAUUUGUACUCUAGUUGGCAUCAUUCUCACCCGCCUUUAUUAGAGCGAAUGAAGGCGCUUAAAAAGUUCGAGUAAAAAUGAAUUUGUACUAAAUCUUUUGAUGUAGAAUUUUGAAUAAAAAAUCGAUUUUAGCAAAAAUAA